GAGUGCUGGCAACCACAGCCUCCUGAGCAGUUUUGGUGUAGAUGAGAGUAAGCAAGAGCCAGAGCAGUGCUGCUGGUGUCUGCCGCCCCCUUCUACCUACCCCACACGUGGCGCUAGUAUCGUAGCGGGGUGGUGGGCGGUGCUGGUGCGUGUGUUGCCGCGGCUGCUGUGGUGGUGGCACCAGCUAGGAUACAGUACGGGUAGCAGCCGUCUCUGAACAUCGCGUCUCUCUUCCAGCUCGGCUCCGGCUCCUUCUGCAUCACUAUGGAUAAUUAUCGCCCUCCGAAGGUCAACCGCUACUGGAAGCGUCCCAAACCCAAAGUGUACGAAUGUAACAUCCGAGAUGCUGAACGCUUUUACCAAGAGUCUUAUAAACAUUACCUCUCUGAAAAAGAAGAGGCGGCCGCUAAAGCUGCAAGGGCGAGGUCUAUAGACACAGACAAGAUAGAGUUCUACCCUCACCUACGAGCUGGUCCUAUCAGGCGCGGGUCUCCAUCAUCCCGUCCUCCUGUCCCUCCUUCCCCUCCAGAGGGAUUUAGAUCUCACCAUGACACUGAUCGCUCGUCGGCAGAGAUUAGUUUCACAAGCCGCUUGGAAGGUCUUCCAACCUAUGAUUCUUCUAAAGACAAUUUCAGCAUCGAAGAACGACUGGAGAGGCUUAAAAGAUUGAGGGCAGAACUGGGCAUGCCUAGUGAUACUAAAACAGGUUAUGCCUCAUCCUCUGCAGUCUCUACGAGAAGUGACUCUGCAACCCGCACCACUGGCAGUGGCCUCGGCGACUUUGAAACUUAUAAAUCCGAGAGAACCUCACGAUCUGUCGCUGAUGGUACUCCUGAUGAAGCCUCUUAUACCUUCAAAUCCCAGAGGACCUCUCGGAUGAACGGCACGGGAGGUCUGGGCGAGGAUUAUAAACUGAAAACUGAAGUCGGUACUGAUGACUACAAAUUCAAGUCAGAACGCAGCACUGACGAUUACAAAUCAAGGUCAGACCACACCAACGAUUACAAGCUACCGUCUAGGUCGGUGGAGUUCGAACUGCCCAGGAUAGAACGAAAACCAUUGACUCUGUCACCAAAGUUAGACAGGAAGAAGGAUGAUUACUCCUUUAAAUCCUCAACGGAAAAGAAGGCAGACCGGUUUUCUAGUUUGUCAUCCGCUGGGUCGUCUUCGAGUGCCACUGGUCGUAGUAGUCGCAAGGUAAUCGCUGAUCUAGAGAUUGAUGAUGACGACACGUCUGUGGUGGAUAUGAUGAAGAAAUUACCUUCCUCCCAAGACAUCCUCGAACGCAUCAGCAAAAUGGACUUGGAUGAUUGACUGGAGGACAUAAUUGACGCUAAACUUUGAUGAUAGUAGCUAAGAUUAAAAUAAAGUAAACUAUGUGAUAAAAAGGGGAUGUAGUGAAGUCUGCUAUGAAGAAAAGCUAUCAGUUUUGCCUCGAGAAGCAGUCUAUUAAUGAAGAACAGUUAGCAAACGAAAGUUCACUGUCCUACAAGGAAAAAAUACUGCAUUUGUGACAUUUAAGGUCAUCAUCACGAGAGAAAGAGCUAUCAUGAUUGUACCAGUGAUGCCACACUGUACGAGUACCAACCAUGGUACCAUUAAAUAAUUUCCCUGUGGAGAGGAUACUUACCAUUAACGUACCAAAAAUAGACCCAUUCUGUGAAGAGCAGCUACUGUGAUUGUGCCUUGGGAUGUUAAUGAAACAUACGAAGAGCGUUAGCUACAUCAUUGGUGUAGUUUUCUCUAAGUGACGACAACACUCUUGUGGAUCAUACAGAAAUCGAGGCCAAUCUCAAUCAAAGUUUGUCGCCAAUUAUGAUAAACACGAAACAAUGAGACACUACCGAGUGUCCGUCCCUACCCUGCAUGAUCCUCACCCACUGCACCACCUCUUCAGU